AUGGCUCUUAUGGAAAUGUGCAUGUGGAAUCCUGGAGAAGACGGCAUGUUGCGAAGGUCCGAUCGCGUUCCUGAUGCUAUAGUUGGCCUUUCGCGAUUUACACAAAUCGUUUUGCACCAGGGGCGCAUCGAGCGGUUCUUCCUGGAUAACAAAAAGCAUUCCAAGGACUCGCUCCGCGUCGAACGCGCGGUCCUUCCCGAAACCCUUUCAAUAGCAGAAGAUUUGUGCGAUGAUCACUCUGCCGACACUUACCCUCUAAAAGUACAGCUGAGACAUCUCACAGAGGAUGAAGCCACUCCUGCUCAAAGUAAUGGAACCACCAUCGAGGACGGUCUUUUCAGAAGUAAUUUGGCGGAAGAUGAUACAGACGAUCUUAUCGCUCAGAGUAGGGCGAAUGCAGGGAGCGCUGAGGUGGUGAGAGCGAAGUAUAUGGUUGGAUGUGAUGGUGCACACAGCUGGACUAGGCGGCAGCUUGGCUUCCAGUUAGAAGGAGAGCCGACUGAUUUCAUCUGGGGAGUGUUAGAUGUUAUACCCAUCACAGACUUUCCGGAUAUCCGUAUGCGCUGUGCUGUUCACAGUGCAUCCUCCGGUUCUUUGAUGGUCAUUCCCCGCGAGAACAAGCUUGUACGACUAUAUAUUCAACUCACGGAGAUCAAACCAGACGCGAGCGGCCGAGCGGACCGCUCGAAGAUCACGCCGGACACCAUCAUUAAGGCCGCUCAGAAGAUCAUCGCACCGUACAAGCUAUCGUACGAGUACUGCGAUUGGUGGACAGCGUACCAAAUAGGACAACGAGUCGGGACUAACUUCGACUAUCGUAGUAGAGUAUUUUUGGCUGGUGACGCUGUACACACGCACUCUCCCAAAGCUGGCCAAGGUAUGAACGUGUCCAUGCAGGACGCCUUCAACCUUGGCUGGAAGCUUGCUCUUGUAGUAAAAGGAGUAGCACAGGCGUCCAUCCUGAAAACAUACCAGUCGGAGCGAAGGCGAAUUGCCCAGGAUCUUAUUAACUUUGACCACAAGUUCUCCCGCUUGUUUUCUGGUCGUCCGGCAAAGGAUGUCCUGGAUGAGUCCGGUGUUAGUAUGGUUGAGUUCAAAGAAGCAUUCGUAAAGGGUAAUAUGUUUGCAUCGGGGCUCUCGGUAGAUUAUGGCACCAGCAUGCUUGUAGCAAAAGGAGGUGACGCAGCUGAGCAAGGCGACGGCACAGACGUUUCUUCGUCCAAGACGCAGAUCAUUGGAAAGCAGGAGCUGGCGACUAACAUCAGGCUGGGGAUGCGCUUUCCCAGCUUCAAGGUCCUGAAUCAGAGCGAUGCGCGACCAUGGCAUAUUGCAGAAUGGCUUAAAUCAGACGGCCGCUUUCGCCUCAUCGUCUUUGCAGGCAAUGUUCACUCAGCAACACAAAAAGGUCGCAUCGAUGCCUUCUGUGAAAAGCUCACAGCCUCUGCGUUCUUCGCACCUCACAUCCACAAGGAUAUUGCUAUUUUGACAGUUCAUUCGGCGAAGCGAACCGACACUGAACUUCUACGCGACUUUCCAGAAGUGCUACAUCCGUUCGAUCCCAAGACUGGCUGGGACUACAACAGUGUUUUUGUAGACGACGUGAGCUAUCAUGAAGGGCACGGAGAGGCGUACAAAAAUUACGGCGUGGACAAGGAGCGGGGGUGUGUUGUAGUCACGAGACCAGACCAGUAUGUUGGUUACGUGGGAGAACUGGAUGGAGAGGGUGGUCUGGAGGGCGUGGAGGCAUUUUUCCAAGGAAUCUUCAUAGCUUGA